AUGGACAACCUCACGCCGAUGGCGGACGCCCUCGAAGACCGAGCUGGCGCUGGAGCGGGCGCGCAAGCUACUGCUGAACCGCACCUAAACCUCCUACCCUGCGACGCUUGCAGAAGGAGGAAAGUGAAGUGCUCCAAAGAAGAGAUUUGCGAGCGGUGCAUAUCGGCAGGACUGAGGUGUACAAGAGAGAUUGCGCGAAAGAAGAGGGGGCCAAAGAAAGGCUCAGGUUCUGUUCUCGCAAGAUUGCGAGACGAAAGCCAGGCGACUUCGCCAUCAGAGCAAAAAUUCCCACAACUCGACCUAUCGCAAUUGCAACUGCAGAUGCCGUCUUUCAACAGAGCUGUGACAAGCGACAGUCCUCUGGCCUCAUCGUUGAGCUCUCCCACAAGUUCGUAUUUUGGCGACACCUACGGCCCACCCCCAGGACCGUCCGCCGUCCCUAGAUCUGUUCCCAUCAUUCAGAACGGCACUGAAUUUGAUCCGACGUCGCAUACAGAAUUUGCGCAAGCAGGAAUUCAAUUUCCAGCAUCAUGGCAGAUGCAAACCUCGGAACUCCUUCAGUUUCAAGCCCCUCAUUCGCCCAAUGGAUACAUGUCAAUCAGGGAUUUGGCCCAGGAAAUCUUCCAGGAGACGUACCCUCCCGUUCCGCAUGUGAUACCUCCAAGGUCAAGGGCACAAACCCCAUCAAGGACUUCGACCCCUAUUACCAAGCCCACUUCUUUCGAGGCUAUGUUGAAUCGUGGUCCCACUAGCGCUCCCUCUCCAACCCUGACCGCGACAAGCUCGCCUAUGCCAUUCCAUGCACCGAAACUUUUAUAUCGCAGCGACUCUGGAGACCUCCAAAGUCCACAUCAGCUACAAAUGCUAGCAGCGGAAUUCGACUUGUCGGCGCGGCUCAUGACUCACUGCAUCAGUCAAUAUUUUAGACAUCUCUACCCCAUUCGACCUACCAUUCACGAGGGUUCAUUUCUUCGACGACUUAACAGCUACGAUGACCUUUCCAAUGAAGAGAAGAUCUUGAUCUUAUCGAUUUGCGCCAACACCGUUCUUCACGCAGCUCCCCAGUCAGACCUCCCCUUGGAUAAGAAAAUGCAGCUUGGAAAGCAGUUCGUGGAGCUUUGUCUUCUUCUACGCUGUCAAUAUGAUUGGGUAGAGUCGGCUACACUUUUGUCCAUACAGGCCAGUUACCAUAUUUGCGUGGCACUGUUUGAGCUCAAAAAGCCGCGUGGCCAUUAUCUGUAUCUCCGCGAGGCCAUUUCUUUGGCCUUUGAACAGGGGCUACAUCUGGAAUCGACAUAUUACGGCAUGGAUGAAAUCCAAGCCAUCUGUUCCAGACGGACGUUCGCCUUACUUUUCAUUACAGAACGGGGUCUGGCCAUCCUCCGGAACAAACCCGCCCAGAUUCCCCGGUUGCCAAUUCUAUCGAAUGAAUGUUUCGACGAACAGGACGGACUCAUUUUGGCAGGCUUCUCCGCCCUAGUCAACCUCUUCUCCAUCCUUGACGAGAAAUUCAUUCAACUCUGGAGUACCACGCCGCUGGAAAGCCCAGCCUCCGGCUACGAGCCCUAUGAUAAUAUAGCGGCAAUCCAACACUCGCUGAGCGAAAUGUCUUUCGAUCACUUCGCCAUGACAGACGUUCAGAAGGCUGACGUCCUCAUCACCCAUCAAUGGUUGCGAUUGAUCUUCUGGCAAGCCUCCAUGCGUCAGGGUCUCAUCAGCUACAGUGCCUCCGACCCAAUCUUCUCCUCCACAUACCCGAUUGCCAUCGCGAAAGAUCUAUGCGCCGCCAUCGGUGAUUUGACGCCCAAUGCAGUCCUCGUCCACGGACUCGGCAUAUUCGAAAAGCUGUUCGAAAUCGCAUACACCCUGAUGGACGCCCUGACCAUCGCCAAUGCGAACUGGGCGGACAGCGAGGAGUUGCGGUGUCUCUUUGACCUGCUGAGCGCGAGCCCGAAUAGCCAGGGCAUCUACGUGAAGAUGUUGCGGACGAAAAUCGAGGCCGAGAGGAGUCCCGCUGCGAGCCCGCCUCACCAGGUCCCGCAGCUGCUGUAA